ACAAAACCUUGUAAAAUCAAGAAACACUAAUCAUCAUGGCUUCUAAGAUUUCAGCCAUGUUCUACAUCUUCUUGAUUUUCAUGUCUAGUACUUUCUUACCAUUAGCUUUUGGUUGCAAAAAUUGUCCACCAUGUAGCCCACCUCACCAUGGGCCUAAACCACCUCAUCAUGGGCCUAAACCACCUCACCAUGGGCCCAAGCCACCACAUCCUCCAUCCACCAAGCCGCCACCACAUCAUGGUGGUGGAGGAGGUAAAGGAGGGUCUCAUCCACCUAAGACAAACCCACCACCAAAGGUUCUACCACCUAUAAUUAUCCGUCCUCCACCCAUUAUCCGUCCGCCACCUAUCGUGAUCCCGCCUCCGGUUAUUUUGCCUCCACCAAUUGUUCGUCCACCGCCUAUUGUGAUGCCACCUCCGGUUAUCAUGCCUCCACCUAUCUUACCACCACCCAUGAUUUCUCCUCCAAUUAUAGUCCCACCACCACCUUCUCCUUCCUAUCCACCAUACACACCCCCUGGUGGCGGCGGUGGUGGCGGCGGUGGCGGCAGCGGUGUGAUGCCAACAUGUCCAAUAAAUGCAUUAAAGCUAGGGGCAUGUGUGGAUGUGUUAGGGGGGCUUGUUCAUGUAGGGUUAGGGAACCCGGUGGAAAACGUGUGCUGCCCGGUGCUAAAAGGUUUACUUGAGUUAGAAGCUGCAGUGUGUCUUUGUACUACUAUAAGGCUUAAGCUACUUAACCUAAAUAUAUUCAUACCUCUUGCUCUUCAAGCCUUGGUGACUUGUGGGAUGACCCCUCCACCUGGUUUUGUCUGUCCCCCUCUUGUUUAA